UUUCGGUAUAACUGCCAGACAUAACAGGCCCGGGGGGCGAUUGAAAAGUCUCACAACUGCUGCGACCCCCAGUGCUGCUCUCUCUCGGGCCUCAGGUGACCAAAAGCCAUCAUGUCUGACACAGAGGAAGUUGAACAGGUGGAGGAAGAAUACGAAGAAGAGGCACAAGAAGAAGAAAGCCAGGAGCAAGAAGAAGAACCAGUUGUGGAAGAGGCACCACAAGAGGAGGAAGCUUAUGGGGAGGCUGAGGAGGAAGAACAUGGUGAAGAAUAUGAUGAGGAGAAGCCAAAACCCAAACUGACAGCCCCUAAAAUCCCAGAGGGAGAAAAAGUAGACUUUGAUGAUAUCCAAAAGAAAAGACAAAACAAAGACUUGAUUGAACUACAGUCUCUGAUUGACACACAUUUUGAGGCCCGCAAGAAAGAAGAAGAGGAGCUCAUUGCCCUGAAAGAAAGAAUUGAGAAACGCAGAGCCGAGAGAUCUGAUCAGCAGAGGAUCAGAGCAGAGAAAGACAAGGAGCGUCAGAAUAGAUUGGCUGAAGAGAAGGCAAGAAGAGAGGAACAGGAUGCCAUCAGGCGUGCAGAGGAUGACAUGAAGAAGAAGAAGGCUCUGUCCUCCAUGGGUGCCACAUACAGCAGCUACCUGGCUAAGGCUGAUCAGAAGAGAGGCAAGAAGCAGACAGCCCGUGAGCAAAAGAAGAAGAUUCUGGCUGACCGUCGCAAACCACUGAAUGUCGACCACAUGAAUGAUGACAAGCUCAGGGAAAAGGCAAAGGAAAUGUGGGACUGGCUGUACCAGUUGGAGUCUGAAAAGUUUGAGAUGGGAGAGAAGCUGAAGAAACAGAAAUACGAGAUUACGACUCUGCACAGGAGAGUAGAGGAACUCUCCAAGUUCAGCAAGAAGGCAGCUGGAGGCAAAGGAAAAGUUGGGGGCCGCUGGAAGUAAAUCAACUCGAAAUCAACACCCGGUCCUCACAGAGAGCAGCCCCUUUCUGCCAUUUCUUCAGUACUCGUUUAGGAAGCUGGUUCCACUCCAUGCACCCUCAAGGGCCAUUUCCCUUUUGUGCCACCAAGUUCUCUCUGUGGACUGCUUUAUUAUCUCUUCCCUUUUGUAAAUAAAGUGUGAUGCUUCUUACCCCAACAACCUGCUGGCUACUGGAACACUUUAUACAGACAUUAGCCCAUAAACCUACUUCCACACCGUGAAGUUGACAAAGAAAAGGACAGAUUAAGGUCGGAAAGGCAUGUUUAGUGAGGAAGCCAUAUUUUAGGGUAGGAGAAAUGUGUUCUGCUAUGAGAUAUGGGGAUCUAAAGAUGAACGAUGGUAGGUGGUAUAAUAAAUAUACAGUAAGAUUAGUAGAUUAGGCAUGUUAAUUAUACUAUGUGGUCUCUUAUUUCCUUAGCUGAAGGUAAGCACAGUAGAAUAUUAACUAACACAACCUAUUCAAUGCAUUAAGGCUCAAUCCAUAUUAUUCAGCAACAGAAAACCACUGGAGCCUGCAUUCAAACUUUCUGGCAAAUUCUAUUCUUACAAGAUACAUUCUUAUAGACAUUAUAGCAAGCUCCAAUAACUGGCAGAUGAUUGUCUGCAUUCGCUGUGCCCUGUAAAUCAUUAAACAGUUCUCAUACUGA